ACUGACACUCACAUUUUCAAGAUGGCUGCCUCCAUCUCAGGAUUACUAAAACCUUGGACACCAAGCGUGUUCCUGGUGAGGUGGAGCAGAUACAACCCAUACUACCUUGAGCCAGAGGUCAGGAAGGAAGCUUAUACCACACCUGAGGCAGAGCUGAGCGCUGAGGAGAAGGAGCAGCGGGAGCUCAAAGCGCUCAGGCCCAUCAAGGCAGCGACCAAUUCAGUCAGCAGCUCGGUUUUCAACGAUCCAGUCAUCAGUAAAUUCAUCAACAUGAUUAUGACAGAUGGAAACAAGGUUUUGGCCAAAGAGAUCAUGGCACAGACCCUGGAGAGCAUAAAGAGGAAACAGGUGGAGAAAUACCACAAAGCUCCGGUGGGACAGAAGGAGGAGAUCGAGUGUAACCCCUACGCCAUUUUUCACCAGGCUCUGGAGAACUGUAAGCCCGUAGUUGGGCUGGCCAGCAUUCAGAAAGGUGGAAAGUACUACCAGGUGCCCAUCCCUCUUACGGAAAAAAGACGUCGCUUCCUCGUCAUGAAAUGGAUGAUCACAGAGUGCAGAGAGAACAGACAUCGACGCACGCACAUGUAUGAAAAACUCUCCCAGGAACUGCUGGCAGCAUCUGAGAUGGAGGGCAACGUUAUCAAGAAGAAGUUUGAGCUGCACAAGAUGGCCGAAGCCAACAGAGCAUACGCUCACUACCGUUGGUGGUAGAAAGACACCGUGCAGGAGGACUGAAACUCAGACGUUUCAAAGACUGGACAGACGUGUUGGCCGCAGAGGGUCACAGAGGAUUCUGUAAGCGCUUCUGUAAAUCAUGAACGCCACAAUUUUCCUUUGGUGGAAGGAGCACACUGUAAAAGGUGCUGUGGGACAACUGAAAUGUGAAGUCACUUUUUUGUAUUGAGAAAUAUUGUGUACAAUGUACAGUCGUGCUUGAUUGAACACAAUAAAACACAUAAAGCUGAG